GCUAGUCGGGGACACGAACCACUGCAGCUGUUGGGAAGGGAGAGAAAACAGGGGGAAACUAGACCAGACGAGGUGGUCGAGCCUGAAGCCCCUCAGUGUCCCGGGACCUUCACUCUUCCCGUCUUCCCCUCCACAAACCACUCGCCUUCAAGUCCAAAAGCCGGAGGAGGCAGCAGCGCUCAGCAGAACCCUGUACCGCCGUGCGUGAUGAGGGAGAUAGUACAUAUCCAGGCCGGACAAUGCGGGAAUCAAAUUGGCACCAAGUUUUGGGAAGUGAUCAGCGAUGAGCACGGGAUUGACCCAGCGGGAGGCUACGUGGGUGACUCGGCGCUGCAGCUGGAGAGAAUCAACGUCUACUACAAUGAAUCAUCCAGUGAGUUGUGCCCGAUGCGCGGUGCGCCAGGAAAGGGGAAGUAUGUUCCCAGGGCCAUCCUUGUGGACUUGGAACCAGGAACCAUGGACAGUGUGAGAUCUGGGCCUUUUGGUCAGCUCUUCCGGCCUGACAAUUUCAUCUUUGGUCAGACGGGUGCCGGAAACAACUGGGCGAAGGGACACUACACUGAAGGAGCAGAACUAGUCGAUUCGGUGCUUGAUGUAGUGAGGAAAGAAUGUGAACACUGUGACUGUCUGCAGGGGUUUCAGCUCACUCACUCCCUGGGAGGAGGAACAGGGUCCGGGAUGGGAACCCUGCUCAUUAGCAAAAUCCGAGAGGAGUAUCCGGAUAGGAUCAUGAAUACCUUCAGCGUCAUGCCUUCUCCCAAAGUGUCCGACACCGUGGUGGAGCCUUAUAACGCUACCCUGUCGGUCCACCAGCUGGUUGAAAAUACGGAUGAGACUUACUGCAUUGACAAUGAGGCGCUGUACGAUAUCUGCUUCCGUACCCUGAAGCUUACCACCCCGACCUACGGAGACCUCAACCAUCUGGUGUCUGCCACCAUGAGCGGCGUCACCACCUCACUGCGCUUCCCAGGGCAGCUCAACGCUGACCUCCGAAAACUGGCCGUCAACAUGGUCCCUUUCCCACGCCUUCACUUCUUCAUGCCAGGCUUCGCUCCUUUGACGGCCAGGGGGAGUCAGCAGUACCGAGCGCUCACGGUGCCGGAACUCACUCAGCAGAUGUUUGAUGCUAAGAACAUGAUGGCUGCUUGUGACCCAAGACAUGGACGGUAUCUCACUGUGGCCACUGUUUUCCGAGGCCCAAUGUCCAUGAAAGAAGUGGAUGAGCAGAUGCUGGCCAUCCAGAACAAGAACAGCAGCUAUUUUGUGGAAUGGAUCCCCAAUAACGUCAAGGUAGCUGUAUGUGACAUCCCCCCUCGUGGUCUCAAGAUGGCCUCCACGUUUAUUGGCAAUAGCACUGCAAUUCAGGAGCUCUUCAAACGCAUCUCUGAGCAGUUCUCUGCCAUGUUCCGUCGGAAGGCUUUCCUUCACUGGUUUACAGGAGAGGGGAUGGAUGAAAUGGAGUUUACAGAAGCAGAAAGCAAUAUGAAUGAUCUGGUCUCAGAAUACCAGCAAUAUCAAGAAGCUACAGCGAAUGAUGGGGAAGAAACUUUUGAAGAUGAUGAAGAAGAGAUCAAUGAAUAAAGAAAAUUUUCCCUAUUACAUUAAAAUAUAAAUGAAAGCUUAAUAAAAUUCCUUUAAUGUAUAAACUGUCUUCAUUUUGAAGUCUUUGGAAAAUGGUAGAAAAUUGACAUGGAAGGUAGUUGGAAAUAUAAGAAUUUUUUUUUUGUCCCUUCGUGGAGGAAAAAACAGGCUAUGGAAUACUGUGUUAUACUGAAAAUGCAAUAUAAACCUUAAAAAUCUAUUCAUAAUAAAAAAAAAGGAAUAUUAUUAUACCUGGCUUUUUUGGAGGGGGGCAUACCAGGUACUUAUUUUAACAGAGCCAACUUAUAGAAGGAAAAAAGGAAACUCUACAAACUUACAACUAUAGUAAUUCCUGGAGGGGGAAAGCAGGGGUUGGGGGGUGUACUUGUGCUUCAUCUCGUCUGGGUUUACAAAAUGCUAG